AUGAAUUCGUCAACGGACCGGUACGAGUACAGCACGCUCGAGGUUAACACCGAGGCCCAGGCACGCAACGAGGCCCAGUACGCCGAGUCGACGCGCGCCUCCGACCUACCCGAGGUCAACCAGUAUGCGAACCCGGACUAUAGCUAUCCCGAAGUUGUCGGCGGCGGUGCCGCCCUUGCCGCCGCAAAGGUCGAGAUAGACCGCACGCCUCCCGAAGCGGUCGCGCUUGCGGAAGGCGAUGCCAUUCUACCGCCAGAGGAACCGAGGAUAUGUGGCGUGAGGCGGAAGGUUUUCUGGGGUCUGCUCGCCGCGGCUAUAGUACUGAUCGUGGGCAUCGUCGUAGGCGUAACGGCCGGCGUGGUGGUCAAUCAGAAUAAGGACUCGGGCUCGAGUAUCGGCAGCGGGAAUGGGAGCAACGAGAGUGGAGCGGCGGAAGAGGACCCCCUCGCGCUGUUCCCGGAUACGCGGAUCGCGACGGCCAACUUCACAGACGGGCUAGGAAACGAGAACUAUCUGGUAGCUUUCCAGCUGAACAACCGCGGCAUCUAUAUAUCAUCGUGGAAUUCUUCGGAGGGGAGGUGGAUCGUGUCACCGGUCGUCGACGGCAACACGAACAAUCUAAGCUUUAACGACGUUAGGAGGGGGACGGCGCUGUCCCUCGACGUCUUCAGAUACGAUACUUCGUCGCGAGACGUCCACAUAUACUGGCAGCUCCCCGACAGCGGCGGCCUCUCGACGAUCAAGGCGCUCAUGUACCCGCGCAACCCCGGCUUUCAGACGGCGAUGGCGAUGCCGACGGCGAACUGGGUCGACACGGGGGCGGCCAACGUGUUCGUGUCGCAGGCCGGGUCGUCGCUCAUCUCGUACGGGAAGCAGUGCGACCUCUGCAACCAGUACACGUACGUGUACUGGCAGACGGACAGCGGCCUGCGCGAGGCCGUGUACGAGAACGCGACGACGGACUGGGUCGGCAAGACGGCCAACAUCGACGCGGGGCUGGCGGCGCCGGGCGCGAACUCGUCGCUCGCGCUCGCGCACACGGCCGCCCUCACGACCUCGGGCCACCGCAGCAUGGACAUCUUCUACCGGGCGGCGUCGGGCGCGCUGUCGCUCAUCGUCAACGGCGACGGGCGCUACGUCGGUUUCUCGCUGGGGCGCCGGCUCGGCCCGCGCGCCGGCAUCGCCGCCUUCUCCACCGGCUACAACGAGACCGGCGGCUUCCGCGAGCAGUACGGCUUCCAGGUGCUGACGGUCGACCCGGACGUCGCCGCCGACGACGCGGCCGCCGGCGGCGUCCGCCUCACCUCCUACCGCCGCCAGACCGACGCCUGGACCAGCGCCGCCGCCGCGGUCGCCGCCCUCGCCGACUGCGCCCCCCGCAACACCAUCGUCGCCAACCGCGCCCGCCGCGUCUACUGCCUCCAGGGCACCGGCGACGACGUCGAGAUCGUCGAGUACCGCUGGCGCGGCGACCCCGACGACGCCACCACGCUCGGCGACUACGAGAGGGUCGGCACGGUAGACACCACCGUGGAGAGCUAA